UUUAUAAUGAAUCUAUUUGGAUAAAGCUCUUCUGGGCCAUAACCUCAAAGUUAUGAAAUUAAUGGAUAGGAGUAUCAUGAAUUAAAUUUAAUUGCUGAAGGAGGUUAUGGAUUUAUUUGGAGAGCUAUUGAAACAAAAACUAGAAAAUUUUGCGUUAUUAAGAAAAUUAUUUGUCAAAGUAAAGAAGCCAUUGAAUAGGCUUAAUAAGAAUUAGAUUUACAUGUAAUAAUACUUAUAUAUAAUAAUACUAGAGAAGACUCUAACAUCCUAAUAUUGUAAAAUGCUAUAAUGGAAUUAUCAAAUUUAAUAAGAAAUUAAAUCAAACUAUAGCUUAUAUGGUUUUAGAAUUGUGUGAAGGUGGAACAUUAAUUGAUUUACUAAAAAGAUAUAAUGAAAAAAGAUUAACAGAAUAAUAAAUACUCUUAGUCUUAAAAGUUAUUUUUUACAUUAUCAUAGUAAUUAGUCUAAGCAAUCAAAUAUCUUCACACCUAAAACCCUCCAAUAACUCAUAGAGAUUUGAAAGUAGAAAAUGUUUUAUUACAUAAUAAAGUAUUCAAAAUAUGUGAUUUUGGGUCUGCUAGUAUUGAAAAAAUUGAUUUAAAGUAUAUAUUUAAUGAAUCUAGUACAUCAAAUAAACAUUAGAUUUCUCAAUAUGAAGAAAAUUUUUCGAAAUACACAACAGAAGUUUAUAGACCACCUGAAAUGACUGAUUUAUAUUUAAAGUAUGAAAUCAAUGAAAAAGUUGAUAUCUGGAUGCUUGGAUGCAUUUUAUAUACAAUGUGCUUUUAUAAUUCUCCUUUUUAGGAAUCUUCUAAAUUAGCUAUUGUUGAAGCUUCUUAUAUUAUUCCAAAAGAUAAUAAAGUAUUUGUUAUUAAAACUCUAAGUAUUCCAAAAAAAUGAUCGAUUUGAUUGGUAUUAUGCUUUAGUCUAAUCCAAAAGAUAGGGCCUCAAUCUUUGAAAUCGAAGAAAUUUUGAAGGAUUAUGAUAUUCUAACUUAAAUAGUAAUCAAUUAAGUAAAUCUAUAGCAAAAUAAAAAUAUUCAUGAUGAAGAUUUUGGUGAAUUUCAAGCAGGAGAUUAAAUACAAUAAGAAAAAUAGUAAAAGACUGUUUAAUAUUGUGAUUCAUUAAUUUGA